GGCCCGACGACGUCUCCACCUUCCGCUGCCCCGCCGGCGUUUGCUCGGCCGUCCUCCGCCGGCGUUUGCUCGGCCGUCCUCCGCCGCCAGGCCCAGUGCCGUGGCGAUGCCGUCCGUUUCCGCCUUCGCUUCCUCAUCCUCAGCUCUGCUGCGCGGCCCCCCCGCGCGGGUCCGGCGCCUCCUCGUCGCAGCCGCGACGCGCGCGCACAGCAGCGCCGCUAGCCGCGCUCGCGGUGGGCUGCCGCUGUUCCACAUCCCGUCCCUCCCCUCUUCGAAGGGUGAGGUGGUCCGGAUCCAAGGAGACGAGUUCUGGCACAUGACAAGGGUUUUGCGCCUUGGCGUCAAUGACAGGGUUGAGCUAUUUGAUGGAGCUGGCGGUUUAGUUGAAGGAUCCAUAACGAAAGUUGACAAGGGUGGCACGGAUGUUGAGCUAUUAGAGGAUGCUAGGCUCGUAGCUCCUCAAGGAAUCCAAUGGCAUGUCUUUGCUGCAUUUGGGACACUGAAGGGUGGACGUGCAGAUUGGCUUAUAGAGAAAUGUACUGAACUUGGAGCUUGUAGUGUAACCCCUCUUCUGACUGAACGGUGUCAUACUAUAGCAGAAAAUAGGGUGGACAGGUUGCAACGUCUCGUGUUGGCUGCAGUUAAACAAUGCCAGAGAAUACAUGAAAUGUCACUGAAGCCACCGAUUCAGAUAGGCAAUCUUCUACCUGUUGUUUCACAGUCAAAGCUUGCUUUCCUAGCAUCAGCAGAAGCACCUCCUCUUUUAAGGGUCCUGCCAAAAUCCAGCAAUGAACAAAACGGGCUUUUGAUUAUUGGGCCUGAAGGAGACUUCACAGAAGAGGAGGUACAUGCACUGAAAUCAGCAGGCGCGGCACCUGUCGGUCUUGGUCCAUGCAGGCUACGAGUCGAGACAGCCACGAUAUCGCUCCUAUCUGCUCUCAUGCUAUGGUCGGAUGCUAAUCACCAGGAAAUACAGCAAUGCAGCUAGUCAAUGGACAGUCACCAGUAAUGUGCUUCCUUGUGGUAUAAUUGUGUCCAUAACGUUUGGAGCGUGACGUUCUCCUUGAACCAACUUUCGGGUGAAUUUUGUCGUGAAACGUUAUUCAAGAUGUAGUUGGACUUGAUUAGCAGAAUCAUGUAGAGAAUGAGUCCUCAGUGAGCUUCUCGCGAACAACAUGGGCAUGGCGAACAUGAAGACUUAUUAUACAUCAUGUCUUGCUUCAGUUA